CUACCACCAUAUCCCAACUACCCACCCUACGCUAACACUGUUCCCACAUUAUCCAUAUUCCCACAUUAUCCAUAUUCCCGUUUCCCAGAAUCGAUCCAUUUCGAAUUUAAUUGAAUUGGAGCUCUUUGUUUUUCUUGAAAAAUAAAUAAUUAAAUUGCUCCUUGAAUUUGUUUGAAGGGCAUACUGAUGAUGACGAUGCUUUCUUCUUCUUCACCGAUCUUCAUUCUGAUUCUGAUUCCGUUUCUAAGAACUGCCCAGUCCAUUCCCUUUGUUGUCUUCCAUGGAAUUUCCGACAGCUGCAAGAGCAAUGGAGUCACCGAAUUCACUUCUCUUCUAAGUAACUGGUCAUCUUCUCCGGGCUAUUGCAUCGAAAUUGGAAAUGGUGCAUUCGAUUCUUGGACAAUGCCGUUCAUGAAGCAGACAGCCAUUGCUUGCGAGAAGGUGAAGCAAAUGCGCGAACUCAGGGGAGGUUACAACAUUGUCGGACUUUCUCAGGGCAACUUGGUAGGCCGAGGAGUUGUUGAGUUUUGCGACGGGGCACCUCCUGUGAGGAAUCUGAUAUCGCUCGGAGGUCCACAUGCCGGGGAAGCAUCAGUUCCCUUUUGUGGAGUUGAACUUAUCUGCAUUCUUGUCGACUUUCUACUCGACUUGAUGAUCUACAGCGACUUUGUUCAGGAACACUUGGCGCCAUCAAAUUACAUCAAAAUUCCAACGAACAUCGAGGGCUAUCAUAGUGGAUGCAAGUUUCUCCCCAAGCUUAACAAUGAAAUAUACAAGAAUUCGACGUACAAGAAGCGAUUUUCUAGCUUAGACAACCUCGUCCUUAUUAUGUUUGAGCGCGAUAAGAUUUUGGUGCCGAAGGAAACCUCUUGGUUUGGAUACUACCCGGAUGGUUCAUGGGACACUAUUUUGCCACCACAAGAGACAACUUUGUAUAUCGAAGAUUGGAUUGGUUUGAAAACCCUCGACGAAGCCGGAAAAGUGAAGUUCAUACAAGUGUCGGGAAAUCAUCUUGAGGUCGCAUAUAGUGACAUGAUAGAAUACAUUGUCCCGUAUUUGGUAGAGAAUGUAACUUUGCUACCGAAUGUGUCGGAUAGGUAUGGAUUCGAGGGCACGAAGGUCCUCAAGCUCUACACUUCACAUUGAAGAGACUUAACGAAUUUGAAUUUUUUUUGCAUGGCUAUACAAUUGUCGCGUAUUUGAAAAUUUUGUAUGGCUAUACAGUUAUUUAUUUAUUUAUCGUUGUUGUUAGAAAUUUUGAGGAAAAAUAA